AGCCACUCUGAGAGCCUCAAGGCAGGCGCCGCCCACUCCAGGCCCGUGCUGGACCCCGAUCCCACAGAUGACCCUGCUGCUCGCGGCAGGCUCGGCGCCGAGGCUCGGCGCCGAGGGCGCGGUCGCGCCGCGGAAGGGCCCGGGCGGAGCCGCCUGGCAGAGCGGGACGGCGACGCCCGGCUUCGGCUCGGAGGGCGGGGCCGUCUGGCAGAGCGCGGCGACGGCACCCGGCUCCAGCCAGGAGGCCUGGAGGCGCCCACUUCAGACGCGGGCGGAUCGGGGGAUUUUGCCCGGGGUUUCUCGGAGCCCUUGCGGGCCUCUUCGCUCUUGGUGCAGAGUGCCGUGCCGAGGCGCCAGAGCCUCCCCACGCUCGGGCGCGCGGCCAGGAGCCAGCGGACCCUGCCUGCACUGGCGCUGGUCCCCGCGAUCAAGAGGAGCACGAUUGCUGUGAGGUACGGCCGCUCAGCCACGAGCGCCCACAUCCUGCGGGACAUGCUGUGCGACCCGAUCAAUCUGCUGCUCGUCGCCGGCCCGUUCGGGCUCGCGGGGGAGCACCAGGGCUGGCCCAGGUGCCCGACGUUCUGGCUCUGCUUCCUGGCGCUGGUGCCCCUGGCGAAGCUGCUGGGGGACGCCACGGAGCACCUAGCCGAGAACCUGGGCCAGGCUACGGGGGGGCUCCUCAACGCCACUUUCGGCAACGCCGUAGAGAUGAUCAUCACGGUCAACGCGAUAAACAGCGGGCUCCUCGACAUCGUGAAGAGCAGCCUCCUCGGGUCCAUCCUGUCGAACCUUCUCCUCGUCCUCGGCAUGUCCUUCUUCGCCGGCGGGCUGGUGAAGCCGGAGCAGAGGUUCUCGGGGGCCGCGGCGCUGAUCAACAUCACGAUGUUGCUGGUUGGGGUGAUGUCGUUCUCGUUCCCGACGGUGUUCUCCCUCGGCAGGCCGGAGGGAGCCUCCGUGGGCGUCUCGCGCGCCAGCGCCGUCUUCGUCAGCGUGGGCUACGUCGCGUACCUGGUUUUCCAGCUGCGCACCCACGUGGAGAUGUUCGAGGACGACGACGGCGACGACCCGAAGAGCACCGACCGCCUGGCGGACGCCGAGGCGCCCCCCUCGGCGGGGCCGGACGACCUGCCGCGCGCGAGCGCGCACGGCCCAGACGAGGACGCAGACCACCCUGCGGGUGCUGCCAAGAGUUGGGGGCGGUCGUCGGUGCCGGCGUCGGCGCCCGCACCACCAUGCCAGGGGUCCUGGGGGAGGCGGACCCUGAGAGCUUUCGCAGUGCUCGGCACACACUACCAGCGGGGCGCUGUUGUUCAAUCCCAGGACGGCGUGCUGAGCGUGCCGUGGGCCCUGGGCCUGCUCCUGGUCAGCACGGCGGCCGUGGCCCUGCUCUCGGAGAGCAUGGUCGACUCCAUACCUGCCGUCGACGGCCUGGUCCGAGCCUGGCGCAUCCCGCGGCCGUUCGUCGGCGUCGUCCUGCUGCCGAUCGUGGGGAACGCCUGCGAACACGCGUCGGCGGUGCGGAUGGCCUACAAUUCCAAGGUGGGCGCCGCCAUCGCCAUCGCCGUGGGCUCCAGCACACAGAUAGCGAUGUUCGUAAUGCCCUUCUCGGUGCUGACAGGCUGGGUGAUUGGCCAGCCCCUGGACCUCAACCUCGGCAGCACGGGCCUGGCCGUCAUGUUCCUCUCGGUGUUGGUCGUUUUCUCGAUCGUGACGGACGGCAAGUCCAACUGGCUGGAGGGCUUCUUGCUGACGCUCGCGUACUGCCUCGUCGCCGUGCUCUACUGGCACGCCGACUGACCAGCACCGCGUCGUCCCCGGCGGUCGGCAGGUGGCACCGCCGAGGGCAGCACAGAGAGCGCCACGUGAGCGACGCGAGAACCGGGGCCGAUCCCCGGACCUCCUCCUGGAGCUGUAGAAGAGAGCACGGCGGGAGGCGUCCGCGGCAUGAGGAGGGAUGCGCAGCGAGCCCCCCAUUCGCCAAUCGCGCCGGGGGCCCGCCGCGCCGCCGACCUGCAGAGGGCGGGCGCGGCAGCUCCGCGUGGCGCCACCAGUGCGCCUCGGGACCGCCACCCUCCCCCCCC